AUGAACGAUCGUUGCUUUAUAUCAAAAAUCUUACUCGUUUGCGUUCACUCGCUCGACUUCUUAUACUAUGCACUACAAGAUAUCGAUGAGUGCCUCAGUAGAAGCCAUGCUUGUGACGUGACUGCGAAUUGUACCAACACUGACGGCUCCCACAACUGCACCUGUAAGGAAGGAUACAUUGGGGACGGACACUCAUGCCAAGAUGUCAAUGAGUGUAGCGAUGGCAACCAUGUUUGCGAUGUUAAUUCGAACUGUAACAACACAGAUGGUUCUCACAUUUGUACUUGCAAGGAAGGAUACACUGGAGAUGGACAGUCAUGUCAAGAUGUCAAUGAGUGUAGCAAUGGCAACCAUGUUUGCCAUGUUAAUUCGAACUGUAACAACACAAAUGGUUCUCAUAUUUGUACUUGCAAGGAAGGAUACACAGGGGAUGGAAAGUCAUGUCAAGAUAUCGAUGAGUGCCUCAAUAGAAGCCACGCCUGUGACGUGAGUGCGAAUUGUACCAACACUGACGGCUCCCACAACUGCACCUGUAAGGUAGGAUACACUGGGGACGGACACUCAUGCCAAGAUGUCAAUGAGUGUAGCGAUGGCAACCAUGUUUGCGAUGUCAAUUCGAACUGUAACAACACAGAUGGUUCUCACAUUUGUACUUGCAAGGAAGGAUACACUGGAGAUGGACAGUCAUGCCAAGAUAUUGAUGAAUGCAACGAUGAUAGUCAUAUUUGUGAUGCUAAUGUUAACUCUACCAACACAAAUGGUUCAUAUAAUUGCAUCUGCUAG